AUGAGGCCCGCGAAAAGUUUCUCGAGCGGCUGCGCAGAGCAGAACAAGAGGGGAAGCGUAGUGGAGGUCGACAUCAGAGAGCGGCAGGACGCGGUGACUCUCUGUUAUCUUUUGACUCGAGCUCCUCGCGCUCCUCCUCCUUCCGUCAGCAUUUUGUUUCGUUCUAGCGACAAGAUUCCUCGAAGGGGUGAGAUCGGGGGUGUGAGUGGAGUGCGGGGUGUCCGUUGCGAAUCAGAGUGCCAACGCAGACACCGUGCACGAACUCCAUUGCAGCCCGACAGCUCGUGUUUUUCCCGAUCUCCCGACUCAGUGUUCGACAUGUCCGAGGUGACGACUCCCACCCAGAGCCCAGCGGAUGGCUUCCACAUCACUCGACUGCGAAGCAAAAGACUCAAGUUUCGUCGUCACACGGAGCCGGACCACGCCCUCUGCUAUUCCGUGUUUUGGCAGGAUCCGCCUCAGAGUCUCGUGGACACCACCAUCGAAUUCUUGAAACGAAAGUACGAGGGCGAGCUGACGUGUGCCGUCGACGUCGGCUGCGGCCGCGGUGAUUCCACCGUCGCCUGGGCCUCGCAUUUCAAGUCCGUCAUCGGGACCGACGUGGAUCCGGCCAGGGUAGGGAGUGCAAAGAAAAUGCACCUCAACAGCCCCAACGUCAAAUUCGUGGUCUGCCCAGCAGAAAGUCUGAGCAUGGGAGACGAGACGGUGCAGAUGCUGGGAUCGAAGGCGGCCCACUGGUUCGACAUCCCGGCUUUCUUCAGCGAGGUCUACCGCGUCCUCGCUCCCGGAGGAGUUUGUGCACUCUUCAACUGCAAACUCGUUCCGUCUGCCUUCCCGAGCCUUUCCCCUCAGGACGAGGCCCAGCUCAUGGACGUCGUGAAAUGGGCGGAUUCUCGGUUGAUUAAGUACUGGCCGAAGGAGAGAAAUCACAUUCUGGAGGAAUACCGCAGCAUCGAUUUUCCCUUUAGGGACAAGGAAGAAGUGAGGGAUACCAUCCUAUAUCACGACGUGGACUUGAAGGUUGGGGAAUUGACGGAGUACAUUCAAAGCUGGUCUGCGUUCCAAGGCUUCCAGGAGAAGGAAGGCGAGGCGGCUGCGCAGGAUUUCAUGCAAACUUUCAACGAGAGAAUCCGCAAAGUGCUGCACGAGGCUACCGAAGUGAAAGCCCGCUUCCAUUAUUUUCUUCUCCUCGGUCGGAAGAGCAUGAGUUGAGGGAGAAGGAGCAGCGGGCCAGAGGACAGAGUUGUUAACAAAUUGCUUUCGAAAUGUGAGAGAAAAAAAAAAAGAUACCGGAUGAUAUGAAGAACCAUUGUGCCCCGAAGUGUAAGAACCAAUCACAUUCCGGGUGUGAUCAUGAGCCAGAAUGUUAUCCUGCCUAUUCACACAAAUAUAUUGCUUCCCCUUCUCUG